UUUAAAAUAAAAAUAAAUUACAAUUUUCAAUAAAAUUGUAAAAAAAAGCCUACAUUUCUAUAAUCCUAUCUCCUACAGUCCUAUUUCCCCUCAAAAAAAAAAAAAAAAAAAACUCCUAUAGUCCUAUUGUCGUUUUCACUUCUUACAUAAUUACACAACAUCCCCUCAAAAAAAAAAAAAAAAGUUACACAACAUCACUUAUUCACUGCCGCUGCGCACUACAUUUCUCCGGCGCUACACUAAACGUCUAAACGCGAAUACGCGAUUCUCUCCAAUUUUCGGAAUCUCAUAAUCUGCAAAAACCCUAAAACCUUCAUAGACGAGAAGACAAAUUACUGCAAUGGCGCCACCACUUCUCUUCGAGGAUAUCUUCAAUAUUAUCAGAGUUGAUCCUGAUGGCAAGAAAUUCGACAAAGUUUCUCGGUUUGAAGCACAGAGUGACAAGUUUGAUGCGUUCAUACUGCUUGAUGUGAAUAUAGACGUGUAUCGUAUCAACAAAGACAAGAGAUACACUAUUGGACUUGCAACUACACUAGAUUUGGAUGGGACUCCUGAUACAGGUUACUAUAACCAGACCUCACGGGAGACACUGGCAGACAGAUAUGAGUAUGUCAUGCAUGGGAGAACAUUUCGUAUAGCUGAUGUUGAUUUCGAAGGACAAGAGAAGGGGGAGAUCUAUGUUUCAUUUGGCGGACUCUUGAUGAUGCUGAGGGUGGACAAGAGUGUCAGUAAACACUUUGAACUGGAUCAGAGAGUGUUCCUCCUAAUGAAGAGAACUGAGUAGGCUUCUCAACUUUGGGAGCAUAGAAUCUGACUUAUUAAGCUGUACAAUCGUUUCUAAAAAAAUGUAUUGAGUGGUGGAUUUGUGUUGAAUCAAUGUUUAGAUAUGGUUCCCAAAACCUGAAUUCUGUUUCUGGAUUGUGUUUGGAAGUUAGAUGUGGUAUAUCAAUGGAUUCAUCUACUAUUUGGAUGUCAA